GCUGAGGUCCUCAGCAUGUUUCGAAUGCUAUUGGUUAUUGCCGCACUCUGCUGUGCGCAGGCUCACAGCGCCGUGACGUCACAGCACCCACGACUGCUACAGGCUUUGGGGGAUGCUACAAAAGCGCUGCAAGCAGCACAGCAAAGCCUUGAAGAAGCGCUGCGAAAGGCACCGUCGCCAGCUCUGACGUCCGUCAGCGUAGUUCAGGAUUGGAGUUUGGUGUGUAAAGAGCUCUGCGGAGCUGGCCUCGGCGUAGCGCCAUGUGCGGAAUACUGCGCCAAGUCUGGCAAAGUAGAGGCAAUAAAGGUACUGAACAAAGAUUUUGAUUUGGCUAAAUGCGUGCAACUGCCUGGAUCGCCAACAGAUUCUGAGUGCAAUACGGUUGAGUCCGUUCAGUCCUAUGGCACUCGACUGUGUAAAAGUUAUUGCCACCAACGACAACGCACGCUGAACGGUUGCAGUCCUUGCCAGUUGCUGGAUGUUUUGGACGAGGUCAGUACAGAGCAGAGUGUGACUACACAUGGUUCCGGUGAAGGCAAAGCCAGGCUAACUGAGGUGCCGGCCAUGGGCAAAAUAGAGGCCAGCAGCACAGACGAUGGUACGCCGGACUGGGACGAAAUGUGCAAGGCUCUCUGCAAAACUGGCGAUGGCGGGUCUUUGUGCAACUGUGAUUUAUCGCCGUUUUUCACCUGAGCCCACAGCUUAGAUGAAGGUACAUAAAUCACAACUAUAUAAUAUUUCUGUUGUUACUUUGUUGUACACUAAAAUAUACAUUUUGAUUUUCUUUGCCGCACUCUGCGACAAUUUCCGUU